AUGACUGCUGUGGCGCCUAUGGAGAUCCGUGUCUUCUCCGACUUGGUGAACGAGGCGAGAGUGGUGGAAGAGUAUGCCAAGACGGUAGCUUCAUCCAAGAAAACUCAUGGAGGGAUUUCUAGUUGGAGGCGUGGCAAGUAUUUCCAUCCGAAGAGUCAACGUUUUAAAAGAGGAGGAUAUAUGCCUCAAGGUCAAGGAGUCUUCAGGAAGAACACUCAGAUUCAGUUUCAGUACGCUAAGGGGAAAGGAAAUCAUAGUAAGAAUUCUCCGGAUUUGACUUGUGUACGUUGUGGGCAUUUCCAUCCUUAUAAAUCAUGUAAGAUUGGUUUAGGUGGUUGCUUCAGUUGUGGGUUGACUGGCCACAUUGCGAGGGAUUGCACUCGUGGGAGGAAUCAGAAUGCGGGCCAGAGUCAGCAUCAAGGUCGAGUCUUUGCUGUGAAUGCCAAGGAUGCUUCCAAGGCAGAUCUGUUGAUGAGAGGUAUUUGUUUAAUUGGUGAUAAGACUUUAAUUACAUUGUAUGAUACUGGGGCUUCGCAUUCGUUUAUUUCGUUUGCUAAAGUGAGGAAUAAGACUUGA